ACUCAGACUGGUCUCCGCUACAGAUCCCAUGCCUCCAAGUUUGAAAAAAGCGAUAUGGAUCGCAGCAACAUGUAUAUUCACAGAAGCUAUUUCAGAUAAAUCCAUAUCUGAGCCGGUGACUUUGGAAGUAUCAAGAGAUGGUGGAAACAAGUCCAGUCCGUUAUUGUACGGAAUAAUGUUCGAGGAGAUGGACCAUUCAGGUGACGGAGGUAUACAUGGGCAGCUGCUUCAGAACAAUGGAUUUCAAGGGUCCAGUCUAGAGAUGACUUCCUAUGCGCCCGUAGGCAAUGUCACCAUAUCUCGCGAUACUUCAAAGCCCGUCAGCGAGGCUAUCAAGUCCUCACUGCGAGUGGAUGUACCUCAAAAUUCUACCGGGUAUUUUGGGUUUGCAAAUACGGGGUACAAUGGUGUCCCAGUCACAAAUAGCACCUACAACAGCUCGUUCUGGAUGAUGGGCAAAUACUCGGGAAUGAUUAACCUACAGCUUAUUGGAUCACAUAACGGGAUCGUCUACGCCGAUCAUAAUUUGACUGUUCACAGCACGGCUUCCAAAUUUCUUCAGUUUCAUACAUCUUUCAACUCGACUCGAUCCCAUGACGGAGAAAAUGAGUGGCACAUCACCUUCGACGGCUCAAAGGUUGCUGGCAAUUCGUUGAAUUUUGGAUACAUACAACUUUUUCCACCGACGUUUCAUGGAAGAGAGAAUGGGCUUCGAGAAGAUCUUGCGACCAUGCUUGACAAAACCAAUUUAACAUUCCUUCGAUUUCCAGGAGGAAAUAACCUUGAGGGUCUUCAAGUUGAAACCCGUUGGAAAUGGAACACAACAAUCGGCCCACUUGUUAGCCGACCAGGAAGGGAAAGUGAUUGGUUUUAUCCAAAUACAGACGCACUUGGAUUGGAUGAGUACCUCUGGUGGUGCGAAGAUAUGAAGAUGUCGCCUGUUCUGGCUGUUUGGGCCGGAAAGUCAUAUGGCAAAAUCAUUUCAGGAUCAGAGCUUCAUCCAUAUGUUGAAGAUAUCAUGAACGAACUGGAAUACCUGCUUGGGGACUCAAAUACUACCACACUUGGAAAAGUUCGAGCUGAAAACGGCCGCAAGAAACCCUGGAAAAUCGACUACUUGGAAAUCGGAAACGAGGACGAUCUCACUGGCGGAUGCGAUACGUAUCCAAACCGCUUCAAUCAGAUAUACAAAGCUGUUCAUGAGAAAUAUCCGCACAUGACAAUCAUCGCAUCAAACGGAGAGUCGUCAUGUCUCCCGUCACCGGUUCCCAAAGGCGUCAUUCUAGAUCUUCACUUGUACCGCAAGCCAGAUGACUUUGUCGACUUAUUUGAUCAAUUUGAUAACCAGCCUCGAGAUCAGCCUGUUAUGGUCGGCGAAUAUGGAUGUCGCAAUACCUCAAGUGCCAAAGGGACAUAUUGGUCAUUUAUGCAGUGCAGUUGCAGUGAGGCAGUGUAUAUGAUGGGCAUGGAGAGAAAUAGCGAUAUUGUGCAAAUGGCUGCUUAUGCACCCAUGCUAGAACAUUUCGGAUAUGAUACCUGGUCGCCAACUAUGUACGGGUUUGACUCAAGUCCAGAAUCAAUCACACCCUCAACAUCAUACUUUGUUCAGCAGAUGUUUGCAUCAAACAAAGGGAAUACUGUCCUCCCUGUCAACUCGUCAGCUGAAUUUGGUCCAUUGUAUUGGGUAGCCACAAAGGAAGGUACCCAGUACUAUGUUAAAUUAGCGAACUACGGACCAGAUGAGCAAAAUGUGACUGUGAAGAUUCCGAAAACCAAGUCCGGAAAACUAGAGAUGCUAUCAGCAUCUCGUUAUGAAGGAAAUAAGCCAUAUUCGGUCAAUGUGAAACCUGAACAUGCUGAGGUUGAGCAAGGAAAAGGUGACUACAAUGUCACGAUGCCGCCUUGGGCUGUUGCUGUUCUGGCAGUCGAGUGA